AUGAUUUUACAUUUAUUUUUACUAUUAUUUCAAUUGCAACUUAAACAAAUAUCAACAGAAACAAUCAGCGGUUGUACAAUAAAUAAUAAUAAUCGGCGAAUUGCCAAUGGGAAAACAUCAGUGACAUUAUCUUGUCCUAAUAAUGGUUAUAUUUUAGUGAAAAAUUUAACAUUCGGUGUACAUAAAACUUCACUAUUACCUAUAACACCAACGUGUUCAUAUCAAUCUGGCGAUUGUACAACGAGAACAACUUAUAUUGGAAUGGAAUGUAAUGGUCUUACUACUUGUGAUCUCGAUCUUAAUCCACAAUAUUUACAUAUAUGUAGCCAAUAUAGCGAUUACAUGGUACUUGAUUAUUCAUGUUUACAAGGUCAAAGCUUAUCAGUUUGCGAUACCCGCUUAAUAUCAACUUCAUUUAGUAAAGAGAAUCGGCUAUUUCUUCGAAGUCCAAAUUAUCCACAUGAAUAUGAAAAUUCUUUAAAUUGUUCAUGUCAAAUCAAUGCUGUUAAAUCACAGAUAAAGUUUCUGGAUUUUUAUCUUGAAGAACGUGAUGAAAUGAAUAUAUGUUCAAGGGAUCAUUUACAAAUUCACAAUCGUUCCUAUUGUGGUUCAUCGAUCGAUGAUAAUAAUUAUAAAUCAUCAUCGUUUAGUCUUAAUUCAUCAUUCCAAUUAACAUUUAAAACAAAUGACGUUAUUACACGAAAAGGUUUUUGGCUUUCAAUUAAUAGUGAACAACCAAUGCAAGUAUCAUGUAAUAGUCUAAUCGAACCCACUUCUCCCACAACAAUAAUAACAACAACGACGACGACGACACCAACAACACUUCAAUAUUCAGUACCCAGUUCCCUUAUUCCUUUAACUGAAUCAUCCAGUUUCAAUCAUAAUGAAAAUAACAACAACAAUAAUAAUAAUAAUCGUCGUCAUGCACUUUCCUAUAUUCUUAUACUAACUAUAGUCUUCGUUAUUAUUCUUUUACUAUUAAAUAUUGUGUUGAUUAUACUUUGUUGGAGACAACGACGACCAAAAGGAACGAUGGAUUCAAAAAUAAAUAGUACAAAUCAACCGUUUGUUUGUUCAGUACGUUCAUCAACAUCAUCAUCGAUCACAUAUGGUGAAACGCCAGUUUUAACAUCCCUUGACAUACAAAAACAACCACCAUUAUCUAGCCGGUACAUUUUUCAACCGAAUCAACAACACUCAGACACAACACCGUCAACAUCAACAACAACAGCAACAGGCCCCUAUGAUGAUCUUAAUGAAUCUAUGACAUUACAAAGACCAUUUCAUAAAGAAAAAUCAUUUGAUAAUCAAUUUCUUUAUUUACAAAAUCAGCCGACAUUUUCUUCCCCGAACACUGCAUAUAAUCGAAUGAUUCAUUUUCCUCCUGUACCUAUCCGUUGUAAUUUUAGUACACCAGUACAAACUUUUUAUCCUCCUCAGCCUCUAUUCGAUUCUCAGCAUAUUUAUGAAACGAUACAAGAAGGACAAUGUCCGUAUCAACGACUAGCAGCUACACUUCGUCGACAACACACAGCAUCAUGUUCAUGUUACUAUCAACAUGGCGAGCAACUGCAUCCAACAAGAACUCACAUUAAUGAAAAUUUAACUAUUCUACCUAAUCCGGAAACACUCGUCUGA